UGCCCCCCUGGAGCUGGGCCGCUGCCCCGUCUCCUGCCCCGCCACCCGGGCGCCGCCGGAGCUGCUGCUGCUCCUGAAGCCGCCGGGUGGCGGCGGCGGCGGCGGUUCUGGCGCCUGUUUUCCCGCCCUUCCUCUUCUCCCCCUCAGAGCGCGCUUGACCGCCCAGUGGCCGCUGCCGCCUCCGGGACUCCGCGCUUGGGAGUCGGAGGGUGGGGGAGAAGCUGCUGCUGCUGCAGCUGAGGCGCCGCCAUCCCCACCACGCCUGGCCGCUCUUCUUCUUCUUCUCCUCCUCCUCGGCAUCUUUCCUUCGCCUCACGCCGCCACCCCUCCCCACCCCCGCCAUUUUCAGCCGGGUAGCGGAGAGGACUUUGCAGAAACCAACUUUUGCCGGCCUGCUCUUGCCAACUCCGCCUGACUUUUUCUUUCUUUCUCUCCCUCCCGCCCCCCCCCCGCCUCUUCCUCCCUCCGUGCUGCGGGAAGUUGUCGAUGAGCGCCCCGCCGGUCAUCCGGCCGCCCAGCCCCUCGCAGCCGGGCAGCGGCGGCGGCAUCUCCUUCCACCUCCAGAUCGGCCUCAGCCGGGAGCCGGUGCUCUUGCUGCAAGACUCCUCGGGGGAGUUCAGUCUGGCCCAUGUCCGGGAAAUGGCUUGCUCCAUCGUCGACCAAAAGUUUCCUGAAUGUGGCUUCUAUGGAAUGUAUGAUAAAAUUCUGCUUUUUCGCCAUGACACUACGACUGAAAAUAUUCUCCAGCUGGUGAAGUCAGCUACUGAUAUCCAAGAAGGUGACCUUGUUGAAGUUGUCUUAUCGGCUUCUGCAACAUUUGAAGACUUUCAGAUUCGACCCCAUGCUCUGUUUGUUCAUUCGUACAGAGCACCAGCCUUUUGUGAUCACUGCGGAGAAAUGCUGUGGGGUCUUGUACGGCAGGGACUCAAAUGCGAGGGAUGUGGCCUAAACUAUCACAAGAGAUGUGCAUUUAAGAUCCCUAACAACUGCAGUUGUGUCCGGAAGAGACGGCUUUCAAAUGUUUCCUUGACAGGACUUAGUACUAUCAGGACAGUGUCUGCAGAACUUUCACCUACUACUCCAGAUGAAACUCUCCUGAUUCCUACAAGCCCUAGCUUUGAGCAAAAAUCACCUCCGGAGUCGUUUGGGAGAGAGAAGAGAUCCAAUUCACAGUCAUACAUUGGGCGACCUAUUCAACUUGACAAGAUUUUGCUUUCCAAGGUUAAAGUGCCUCAUACGUUUGUGAUCCAUUCAUAUACACGGCCAACGGUCUGUCAGUAUUGUAAGAAGCUACUCAAGGGACUUUUUAGACAGGGCUUACAAUGCAAAGAUUGCAGGUUCAAUUGUCACAAACGCUGUGCACCCAGAGUGCCAAAUAAUUGCCUUGGGGAAGUGGCCAUUAAUGGAGAUUUGCUUAGCCCGGGUGCUGAGUCUGAUGUUGUCAUGGAAGAGGGAAGUGAUGACAACGACAGUGAAAGAAACAGUGGACUCUUGGAUGAAAUGGAGGAAUCUGUGGGUCAUGAUGCUGAGAUGGCAAUCAUGAACCAGAAUGACAAUGGAGAAAUGCAGGAUGACCAGGAUGAGAGUAAUAGGAUGAUCAGCCCUUCGACAAGCAACAAUAUUCCAUUAAUGAGAGUAGUGCAAUCUAUUAAACAUACAAAAAGGAGAAGCAGCACAGUGAUGAAAGAGGGGUGGAUGGUUCACUACACAAGCAAAGACACUCUGAGGAAACGUCACUACUGGAGAUUAGACAGCAAAUGUAUUACACUGUUUCAAAAUGACACUGAAAGCAAAUACUACAAGGAAAUUCCAUUGUCUGAGAUUUUAUCUCUGGAACCUGCAAAAAACUUCAAUUUAAUGCCACAGGAAGCUAUUCCCCAUUGCUUUGAAAUAACCACGGCAAAUGUAGUCUACUACGUCGGGGAAAAUGUAGAAAACCUGCCAAGCCCUCCAGCUAAUAACAAUGUUCUCACAAGUGGUUGUGGCCUAGAUGUUGCAAGGAUGUGGGAGAUGGCAAUCCAGCAUGCCCUCAUGCCUGUUAUCUCCAAAGGGGCACCCACUGGUUCAGGACCAAGUCUGCACCGAAAUAUAUCCAUCAGUAUCUCGGUGUCAAAUUGCCAGGUCCAAGAAAAUGUGGAUAUCAGUACAGUAUACCAAAUCUUUCCAGAUGAGGUGCUGGGGUCAGGACAGUUUGGAAUUGUUUAUGGAGGAAAACAUCGCAAAACAGGAAGAGAUGUAGCAAUUAAAAUCAUUGACAAACUGAGAUUUCCAACUAAGCAAGAAAGCCAACUUCGUAAUGAGGUUGCAAUUUUACAGAAUCUGCAUCACCUGGGGGUUGUAAAUUUGGAAUGCAUGUUCGAGACACCAGAAAGAGUGUUUGUUGUUAUGGAGAAGCUCCAUGGAGACAUGCUGGAGAUGAUCUUGUCAAGUGAAAAAGGGAGGUUGCCAGAGCGAAUCACAAAGUUUUUAAUUACGCAGAUCCUGGUUGCUUUGAGACAUCUUCAUUUUAAAAACAUUGUUCAUUGUGAUCUCAAACCUGAAAAUGUAUUGCUGGCAUCUGCUGAUCCUUUCCCACAGGUGAAACUUUGCGACUUUGGUUUUGCACGGAUCAUUGGAGAGAAAUCAUUCAGACGUUCAGUUGUGGGUACGCCAGCCUAUCUUGCUCCUGAAGUCCUGAGAAACAAAGGGUACAAUAGAUCAUUAGAUAUGUGGUCUGUGGGGGUUAUUAUCUAUGUCAGCCUUAGUGGCACCUUUCCAUUCAAUGAAGAUGAGGACAUUCAUGAUCAAAUCCAGAAUGCUGCUUUUAUGUACCCACCGAACCCCUGGAAGGAAAUCUCACAUGAAGCUAUUGAUCUCAUAAAUAAUUUGCUGCAAGUGAAAAUGAGAAAGCGGUAUAGUGUGGACAAGACGUUAAGCCACCCAUGGCUACAGGAUUACCAAACCUGGCUAGACUUGCGUGAGCUCGAAUCUAAAAUAGGCGAGCGUUAUAUCACCCAUGAGAGUGAUGAUUCACGGUGGGAACAGUAUGCCGGAGAAAAUGGCUUGCAGUAUCCAACACACCUUAUCAGCCCAAGUGCUAACCACAAUGAAAACCCUGAGCCAGAGGAAGCAGAGAUGAAAGCCCUCAGUGAGCGUGUCAGCAUCCUUUAGAUUGCAGCCCUUGUAAUCUGUCAAAACACUGUGGAACUAAUAAAUACAUACGGUCAUGUUUAACAUUUGCUUAGCAGAACUGCCAUUAUUUUCUGUCAGAUGGGAACAAAGCUGUUACUCUGUUACCACCAUUGAUGUAUGGGAGUUGCCAAGACAAAUCAACAGAAGCAUCCACACACACACCCCAUUUUGUGUAAGCAACUGUGUUAUAUUAACAAAAAAGUUCCCAGAAACACUCAACCUGUUGUUGUGGAUGAUUCCUGUUGUACUCGGAGCAUUCAAACCUGUUUCCACUGUGCCUUCUCAGACAAGUGUUUCCUCUUACUCAUAACUUUGUUGGGUACCAUGAAGCAUUUCCAGGUGGAUCUGUGGUUUUGUGUGGAUCAUGAAAUUAGUAUUGUACUUGUUUGCAAACUCUUGAAGAGUAGAUUACUACUGCUGUUCUGUGAACAACUUUUAACGUUUUUGAUGGGGUUGGGGAAUAUCUGUUUCUGAUUUGUUUUGUUUUUUUGCUGUGGAACAAUAUAUUGAGAUACUGAUGCAAGGAAGCAAUUUUUAAAUAUAUAUAUAUAUAUGUAAAAGCAGCACACAGCAUUGUAAAUUUGCAGGUGAGAUGCCCUAGCAUUUCAGACAUUUAUAUGGAUGCCCCCAACCAGUCAUGGUGCAACCUUUCUUUAAGCCUAAAUGCCUUAGUAAUGUAAAUUGCAGCCCCUGCUUGUUCUUAUAACAUGCUGCUGUAACAUAUACAUUUAGAAGCUGAACAAUAUGUUGCCUUUGUGUAUGUUUUGAAUAAAAUUCUGCUGAAAAAUACUUUUUUAAAAAAUAAAUAAAUAUUAAAUUACUUUACCAGUCCAAAGACUUGUCAAGCUUGAGGUUCUGUCAAAUAAGAAUAAUUAAUCCUUUUCAAAGCAUUACGUUAUUGUGACUGUAAAGGUGUUUCACUCCGCAAAAAUAGUUAUCAUUUAUUUCCUUAAUUUUAUAUUCUACCUUUCUUCCAAGGAGCUCAAGCAGCAUAUUUAUUUAUUUUAUUUCACAAAAUUUAUGUGACACAUGAUUGUAAUGAAACCUCUAAACGGUUUCCAAAGCCAACACAUUAUGGAUAAAAAACCCCAGUUAGAAUUAAAAUCGUUCGAAAGAUAAUUAAAAUCAACAGUAAGCAGAAGAGAUUAUAAUACAUAUCCGAGUAGGCUUGCAGAAACAAAAAUGUUUUAAGCAGGUGCCAAAAAGGGCAAUGCAGGAAUCUCAACACGUGGUCCGCACUGCAAGUGUGCUAGCAGUUUUAUUGUGGCGCCACAUGCCAUUGUUGAAUCCAUUGAAAUGUUUACUAUAUAGUUCUGAAACUUCCGUGGGAUGAAGAAAAAAAGUACAAUAAGAGGAGACCUGCUGGAUCAGACCAAAAGCCUCCAAAGUCCAACAUUCUGUUCCAACCAGAUGCUUAGGGGAGGCCCACAGUCACAACAUGAGGAUAGCCACCCUCUAUUUAUAGCCAUUUAAAGACAUAGCUACUCUCAUCCUAAGGUAGUGUACAUACAGAAAUUGAGGUCUGGGUUUACCUGGCACUUCAUGCUUAUCCUAUAAUGUUGUGCACAGGUAUGGUGAGGGCUGUCUCUUUCCUUACCCCACCAGCAGGUGAUAGUGAUGGUGACUGAAAUAUGAAAAGCAGCCAGAGAAUCCAUGCAGAGAUUUAAUAGGGAAGGUGAGAAAGGUAAUAUGAACACAGUUGCUGUGAACAUACAGGUGAUUAGGAGAAGGAUUGGAUGGAAAACUAGCAAGGGGGAAGUUGCUGGAGUCUAAAUGACAGGUGUGCCUUAUGCAUCAAAAGUUUUAAAAGGGUAGAUAUAGUUAUGAGUGGCUCGGCAUGACAACCAG